AUGAGGUUGUCCCUCUGCUCGAUUGUUACCCUGGUGAUCCUGGCGCUGCUGGUCGCCAGUCCUGGUUAUGUAUCCGCACGUUUGGCAAGAAUACUUCCACAACCCUACGUCGAGGGCGAUGAGGGCGUGACAGUGAACGGAGAAUGCGAAUUUAGAGUCAACGGUGAUCUGAGUGAUCCAGUACCGCUCUUCUCGCGUCAUAACUCUUUUGAACUAAUCGUACCGGAUUCCACGGGUACCGUGCGUUUAGUCAAUGGCGAAUUCCUGGAUAUGUUUUGUCCGGGCGUUGGAUUUGUGGCUCCCUUCGAGAACCACUUCCAGGUGACGGCUCAGUGUCUGCAGCAGAAGUACUUCCUUGUGGAUGGAUUCAUCUAUCCGUUUAUCAACUUCACCUGCGCUGGCUGGCCCACUUUCACCGCCCUGCGUACCGGCAGGGAGUGCAACGGAGGCACAGAUCUGGUCCAAGUGGGAUUCGAGGUGGAGGACGGUGGCUUUCUGCAGACAUUCGAUGUGUGUCAUGACGAAGAUGCAGAAGUUACGCGCUAUGUGCACCAUGUGCUUUACCCCUCCAGCUAUGUAUAUCAGAGUGGAGUCGACCGACCGGCCUUCAUCGAGCUGGACUUUUACGGAGGGCGCGAUGUGAACACGAUGUACACUCAGGUGCAGCAGAACAUCACUAUAAGCCACAUCCUGGGCCUGGAUGCCUCGCCCUACUUUAACUACACCGAGGAUCGCAUCCUGGCCCGGGGCCACAUGGUUGCCAAGACGGACCAGAUCUUUGCAGCUCCUCAGAGAUCCACUUUUCUCUUCAUCAACGCCGCUCCCCAGUGGCAGAGCUUUAACGGAGGCAAUUGGGAGCGGGUGGAGUCGAGUGUCCGCAAGUUUGUGGCCGAUCGUAAUCUUACCACGGACUGUUAUACGGGUACCUGGGGAGUCUCCACCCUGCCAGAUGUAGACGGCAUCGAACGGGAGCUCUAUCUGGACUUUGAUGAGAACAACAACGGCUUGAUCCCCGUGCCAAUGUUAUACUUCCGUGUCAUCAUCGACCGGGAGAGCCGUGAGGGCAUUGUUCUAAUUGGAGUUAACAAUCCGUACGCCAGUCUGGAUAAAAUAGAAAGUGACUAUGUCCUAUGCGAGGAUAUUGGGCAUCUGCUGAGCUGGGUGUCCUGGUACAAAGAGGAUCUGCAUGCGGGCUACUCGUACGCUUGCACUGUAGAGGAUUUCACGAAGGUGGUCAAGCACCUCCCACUGGAUGAUCUUCAAACGAACGGCGUUCUGGGCCUGGACGACCUGACAACGGUUUCCCCUUCCACUACAACCGAAGAUCAAGGAAGCACAAACCCACCAGGUUCAACUACAGAUUUGCCAAUUUCAACAACUGAUUUAUCAACCACUGUUGGUUCUUCAACUACAGAACCACCCGUUUCUACUACUACUGAUCUACCCAUCUCAACCACAGCUAUUCCCACUACAGAACCAUCUUCAACCGUAUUUCCCACCACAGAACCACCUUCAACUACAACAGCUGCACCAGCCUCAACUACAGUUUCUCCAACUACAGAAGAGCCAGCCUCCAGCACGACCCAGCCUUCAACGACUGUUCCAACCACGUCUGUGCCCAGCACCACAACAGCAGCACCACCUGUAACCUCCACUCCCAUUCCCACUCCUUCUCCCACCCACUGUCAGUUCAGCAUAAAUGGCGGUCUCAAGGACCCUGCUCCAUUGCUGACACCCCAGGGAGCUCUCAGCUGGCUCCUGCCCGAUGAAAGCGGGGUGUACACGGUAGACGAAGGAUCCUCUAUUGACUUGCACUGUACGGGUGCCCUGGCCAGCCCAUUGAAUCGAUACACAGCUGUCACGGCACGCUGUGUAGGCGAUCAGAUGUACGAGGCAGAGGAUCAAAAGCUGAACAUUCGAGAUUUCACUUGCCAAAGUUGGCCCACAUAUGAGGCGCAUCGAUCGGGAGAGACCUGCGAGGGAGGAACAGAUCUAGUACAGAUCGGUUUCGAUGUGGCCGCUGGUGUGCUGCCCCAGCUGGAGAUUUGCUACGAUGAAGACUCACAGAUCACGCGAUAUGCGAGGUACGAGCUGACACCAGCGAACGUGGCCUAUCAACGAGGAGUCGCCCAACCGGGCUACCUGAGAGGUGAUUUCUACUCCGGUAAGGAUGUGAAUCUUCUGUACGGUCAGGCCAAUCAGCUAGAGGCAUUUAGUGCCGCCUUGGGGCUGGAUGCCAGCCAGUACUUCGACAGCUCUCGUGAUCUCUAUCUGACGCGAGGACAACUGGCAGCUCGUCGUGAUUUUGUGCAUGGAUCUGCCCAGAGAGCCACUCACUUCUACGUGAACGCGGUCCCGCAGUGGAGGAGUGCCAGCAUUGGCAACUGGCUGGCGGUGGAGUCUAGCUUGCGUCAGUAUGUGGUGGAUCAAUCCCUCAAUGUGAGCGUCUUUGCUGGCAGUUGGGGGAUCUCAACUUUGCCAAAUUGGGAUGGUGCUCAAACCCCUCUCUAUUUGAAUGCAGAAACAAAGCAACUCGAUGUUCCCAAAAUACUCUAUCGCAUAGUCAUCGAUCAGGAGAGUCGACGCGGAAUCGCUCUGGUGGUGGUCAACAAUCCGCACAUCUCUUUGGAUGACACCCUUCAGGAUUAUGUAGUUUGUGAGGAUGUGGGUGCGCAGUUGGACUGGCUGGACUGGCAUAAGGCUGAUCUCCGGGAGGGCUACUCAUACGCCUGCGCAGUGGAGGACUUCACCAAUGUGGUGAAGGAUUUGCCACUGGAUCAACUGCACACCACGGGUAUCCUAGGUCUCAGUGAACAGUCUCUUGUAGAUGAGCUCUGCAGCUUUCGUGUGAACGGGGACCUUAAAGAUCCGGCUCCGCUCUUCGUGAUACGCAACGAGUUGGGACAGGCUCGCUAUCUGGAGUCAAAUUUGGAUGGCUUAGCCCAGCUCAAACAUGGUGAGGUACUGGAACUUCACUGUCUCAAAAAUUUCGUGGCGCCUUUCUUGGGAUAUAGCAGCUUGACGGCCACGUGUUGGCAGGAACAGACUUUCUUGCUCCUGGGCAGUCUGUAUCAGCUGCAGGACUUCGUCUGCCCCUCCUGGCCGAGCUACACGGUUCGUCGAACCGGUCGCCAGUGCAAUGGAGGCACAGAUCUGCUCGAAGCGGGCUUCCAGCUGGCAACCGACUCAUCCUCCUCUGAUGACGAUUUCCUUCAAACCUAUGAUGUCUGUCACGAUGAGCUGGCCGAGGUGACUCGCUAUGUCCAUCAUGUGCUUCAUCCGGGCAGUGCUCAUUACCAGCGUUCCGUGGCUAGGCCCACAUUUAUUACCGGAGGCUUUUAUGACGGCAAGGACGUCAACCAGAUGUACACCCAAGUGCAGCAGAACAUCACUGUUAGUGAGAUUCUGGGACAGGAUUCCUCGCCGUACUUCAACAUCAGCGGUAAUGUGUACCUGGCUCGCGGACAUCUCUCUUCCAAGACGGACUUUGUCUUCGGGGCUGCUCAGAUGGCCAGCUUCCUUUUCGUGAACGUGGCCCCUCAGUGGCAGACCUUCAAUGCCGGCAACUGGGAACGGAUCGAGGACAGUGUGAGGAAGUUCGUGGCCGACCAGAACAUCACAGUGGACUGCUAUACAGGCACUUGGGGUGUUUCCACCCUGCCCGAUGUCGAGGGCAUUGAGCGGGAGCUCUAUUUGAACUUCGAUGAGAACAACAAUGGAUUGAUCCCCGUUCCAAAGCUGUACUUCCGAGUGAUUAUCGAUCGAGAGAGCAGGAAGGGCAUUGUCUUGAUCGGCGUGAACAAUCCUCAUGCUGAUAGCGAGAAAAUCGAUAAGGAGUACAUUAUUUGCCAGGACAUUGGCCAGCAAUUGACUUGGGUCAGUUGGACCAAGGAUGAUCUAAAGAAGGGUUACUCCUAUGCCUGCGCAGUGGAAGAUUUCACAGCGGUUGUCAAGGACCUGCCACUGGAAGAUCUGCAGGUAAAUGGAGUGCUGGGGAUCUGAGAACUACGAAAUAUCACUCAUUUCUGGAAGAGAAAUGAAUUCGAAAUAUCGGGAAUUUCUUAAUUUAUGGCCAAUAAACCCAAGUUAUUUAAUA